CUAUGAUCCCCGGUCGACCAGAAGAUCCAGAGAAAACAGACAGCGGCGGGACCCAAAGCCCAGGCAGCGACGGGGAACGCAGACGCCCGCUUCUUACCCUUAGCCCAAGACCCGUCAGGAAACAGACCUGCCUGUUGCUUCUAUGAUCAAAGUCUUACAAAAUCUGUGUGCUCUGCAAGUUUUGCUUCCAAAGCUGAGACUCAUCACCCAGAGACCUCAAGCAUUCUCUUUGCUUAGACUGAUCCACAUGGGCACGCAGGAGAGCAGUCACAACUUUUACAAACUUACCCCGGUAAAGUUGGGAUGUGAAGUCAGAGGGAUCGACUUGAAGCAAAAUGUUCCACCAGAAGUGGUGGCAGCUAUCAAGGAGGAUGUCACUGAACACAGGCUAUUAAUUUUUAAGGAUCAAGGUGUUGUGAGUGGGGAGAGACACGUGGAAAUUGGAAAGUGGUUCGAUGAGCCUGAGUCAACUUUCUACAAGCAUCCACGAUCACCACAUCCAGAUGUGUUUCGAGUGUCCAACGACCGAGCAGAAGGUUGCACAAAUGUUGGACGUACAGGAUGGCACAUAGAUGGCAGUUUUCAAGAGGCACCAUUUUCAUAUGCACUCUACCAUAUGGUAAGUGUGCCGAGCAAUGGUCCAACUGUCUUUGCUCCAUUGACGGAUAUAAUAGAGGAGCUGCCAAGGGAGCAAAGAAUUCGAUGGGAGAGGUUGUACAUGAUUAGCGACAGAAGGUCUGGUCCAAUCCACCCCCUUAUUUACUCACAUCCAAUUACAAAGAUGAAGGUUCUCUGUUUCCACCUGGGCAUGACAGACUCCUUCAUCUGGGACUACAAGACUCCACAACAGCGCAUCACUAAAGAAGAGGAGACCUAUUCUUUGCUUCAAGAAAUUCACCAUGAAUUCAUAAAGAAUAAUAAAGUUCGGCAGUAUAGCCAUCAGUGGGAAGUUGGAGACUUCAUCAUAUCAGAUAACCUCUCUGUAGGACAUGAGGCAGCUCCUGAAACUCAGCUCCCCAGAAGUCAAGUAGGCCUAAGGGUCCUCCACCGUGUCACAACCAAAGGGCAUUAUCCUCCAGCAAAGGAGUAUGAUUAUCGCAAAGAACUAGGACUCUGAAGUUUGAUCACUUUGAGAACUCCUAUGCCCUAGAUUGUUUUUAUUAUAUAUGUCACAUCAGCAUGGCUACUGAUACCCUUCUGAGAACACUGUAAUGAGCUUAGGCAUUAAAUUGUAUUAAAAUACCUUGGUGAUUGAGAAUACAGUUUGUAUUAGGGAAAUGCAGGUAGAUGUUGUAAAUGUUGUGGAAGGCUUCAUUUAUUUGUAUAUGCAAAGAUACAUGUAAGAUGUAUGUUCAGUAGAUAAUGAGAAAAUUUUGGGAGAGGCUUUUUUUUUUUAGAAACUUACAAAACUAGGUCAAGUUCAACAUUAUUGCCACUUACAGCCAUAAACUUGCACAGGUGUUUGUCCUCCUGGAAGACCUAUUAAUCCUUCUGCUGUCCAUUCAGUUACUUUGCCAAUACCUCCUUCAUCUCCUG